AUGGGUUGCGGAAGCUCAAAUGCAACAUCGACAACAACACCAUCAAACUUACAGGUUCCUGAUUUUGCUGUUGUUGCUCAACAAAUAAAACAAACAUGGCCUGAUGUGAAAAAAAUUGAUAAAUUAGGAGAAAAAAUAUUUGCUUAUUUAUUAUACAAAUAUCCUGAAAUACGACCGUUCUAUCAUGUACCUGAAGCAUACAAAACUGAAGCUGAUUUAUUAAAUGCUACUGAAAUCAAACAACCAAGUGGAAACUUUUUUGCAUUAUAUUCGGAUAUCAUUGAAAAUAGUGAUACAAGAUUUGAUGAAAUAAUUCGAGAAAAAGCCGUUGAACUUUUUGGACAAGGUGUUCGUACAUUUCAUUUUAAAUAUUAUGGCGAGAGUCUUCUUCACGUUAUUAAAUAUGAACUUAAAGAUGAAUUAAACAUGGAAGAAAAACAAACGUGGCAAUUAUUUACUAAAUAUGUAUCAGAUCGUUUACGUUUGGAAAUGGCUAAAUUUCCUAGAAAAUCAAUAGUUUAA